CACGUGGGACAACUUUCCAAACCUGUGUAUGUGUUUCCGUAAAGUGUUGAAGCACUUGUGUUCCUAUGCUUACGAUAGUAGAAAAGGCUUUGGAUUAAUAUACAUUAAAUGAACGUUUCACACUGAACUCAACGCCAACGUAAGUCUGUCUCAGUGACUGCGUGUGAAAGGUAUCCUUUAAAAAUUGAUAUUCCUCUUUUGUUGUUUCUUAUUUGUAACAAUUGUCAUGCUGUUUCUCUUGUUUUAUUAGGUCAUCUAUGCUUAAGGAAGAACGUCACAUGGAGAUGUUGUUUUCCAUACUUUAUGGUGUUGACGCUGAGAUAGUAUUUACAGUCAUAUGAUUACCCAAUCAGACGUCUGGGGCUUGAAUAGGCAUGUUCAUUUCUACAUACUGUGGUUCUCUUGAUUCUAUCUGUAUUGGGAAUGUUUGGGUUGCAGUUGUAUCAUCUGUGGGUUUAGAGUUACACCCUUGCUAGUGGCCGGCAGGGUUUCCCACAGGAUUUUGUGAGACUGGUGGGUGUACUCGGACCCUCUAGGGGGCAUGCACCCCCAUAAGAGAAAUCUGUACAUUUUAAAGUUAAAUGCAUCGAUCUGAUGCACUUUGAGAGCAAAACUAAGAGGCUAGAUCUAUGAAGAACAAUUUUGUGCUCUUGUAGUAAUUUAAUCAUUAACACAUUGGUUGUAAAGCUAUGAUUGGCGAUGACACUGCAAACAAGUCACACCCUCAAAGCAUGGUAAAUGAGACGGAGUUCACAAAUGGUCAAAACACAAAAUCGACUAGACUAGAGCAAUGAAGUACAAGUGGUUACCUGUGAUGAACUUGCUCUUCAGAUGCUGACUGGCGGGCCACCACAGUCUAGGGAAUUAAUGGGAAACACUGGACGAGUUAGCGUUACCGUCGCUGCUGUGUUCAGGUUACAGUACAGAGACCCAUUUUUGGGUCACGAGUCCCACCAGUUGAGAACCAAUGGUCUACAUACACUAAAACCAAGGUUUAGAUCUUUUCCGGAUCUUUUCUUAAACCUGUUUACUUAAUGUUCCUCUAGGGAUAAUUGCAUUCUCCGGAGAAGACUCGACGUUGAGUCCAAAACAUGCCCCGUUACGACGACGUGCCGAAGGGCUCGCUUCCGAGCCUUCACAGCUUGGAUUAUCUCAGGGAUUCUGAGCACUCUUUAAGCUCUGAAACUCUGCCACCUCCUUCCCUACUGGACCAACCACCGGUGGGACCCGAAUCUGACCCCAGUGGAGGCGAGGACAUCAAACCCGUCCACCGUUUCAUCCCAGACUCAUGGAAGGAUGUCUUUAGGUCCAGUAGUGGAAGCAGCAAGCUGAAGUCCAUGCUUGGCUCCAGCCACAAGAGCUCCAUCACUGAGGGUGUCCGUUGCUCUCCACCCCACUCUCCGUCAGUUCCUAGCUCUUACCGCGACCCGUAUGGAGGCUCCGGGGGCAGUUCUAACAUGCGGAAAGAGCGCGAAGCCAUGCUGUUGGGCGUUUCCGUGGGAUCAGACUAUGGCAAUACGGUAUGCACCGAUUUGACGUACAGCGAAAAAGUUGAGGAAUACAAUAACCGUUACUCCCACUUGAAGUCCUGGACGGGACUUUUACGCAUUCUGGGUUGCAUCGAGCUGCUUUUGGGGGCAGCGAUUUUUGCUUGUGUCUGCACUUAUAUUCACAAAGACAAUGAGUGGUACAACACGUUUGGAUAUUCGCAACCUGGCGGAUUUGGCGGAAGUUACGGAAGCUCUUACGGAAGUGGUUACGGAGGAGCUUACGGGAAUGCACACUACACCGGACCCAAGACGCCAUUCAUCCUAGUAGUGACGGGACUAGCGUGGUUGGUUACCAUUAUACUAUUAGUUCUGGGUAUAACCAUGUACUACCGAACUAUCCUUUUGGACUCAAGUUGGUGGCCUUUAACAGAGUUCUUCAUAAAUCUGGCACUUGCUCUCCUGUUUUUGGCGGCUGGUUGUGUUUAUGUGAAUGACACUUUACGAGGGGGUCUUUGCUCUUAUCCGGUCUUCAAUAACGGCAUCAAUGGGGCUUUCUGUCGCACAGAGGCCGGACAGACAGCAGCCAUCCUUUUCCUGUUUUUCAACAUGAUUGUGUAUUUGGUUGGAGCCAUAGUGUGUUUGAAACUGUGGCGUCACGAGAUGGCAAGACGACUCCGAGAACGGCACGGGCAAGAGAUGCAGCUGAGAGAAUCUCCUGCUGAUGUGCCUUUGGUUGUUGAUGGUUCAAGGAUCCCAGAGCAUGUUUUGCUGCCAGUACAGCACGCACCCACAGCAGCCGCUGCCAAGCCCAAAAUCAUGAAAGGGCAUAUUCCUUCCGGACACGCCCCCAAACCUGUCAUCGUGCCGGACUACAUCGCUAAAUAUCCAGCUAUUCAUACGGACGAGCAGCGUGACCAGUAUAAAGCUGUGUUUAAUGACCAGUUCUCUGAGUAUAAAGAACUGCAUACUGAGGUUCAAGCGAUCCUGAAAAAGUUUGAUGAAAUGGACAUUAUGAUGCGGAGUUUACCUCAAAACCCCGCCAGUCAGACGGAGCGAGACAGCAUCAACAAAAUUCUUCAGGAGUAUCAGCGGAAGAAGUUGGAUCCUUCAUUUCUGGAGAAGAAGGAACGAUGCGAGUAUCUGAAGAACAAACUCUCGCACAUCAAGCAGAGAAUUCACGAGUACGACAAAUUCGGUUACGGGUGAAACGAGCCAUGCUAGAUUCUAACGGCAGAAUCGCCUGUGGUGGUCCUUCAUUUUCUCGAGACAUCGUGUUACAUCUUCAGAGCCCCACGUGACGGGAUGGUAACGCAUAUGUUGCAAACCGUAAAGAAAUGAGGGAAUGACCAAGCGUGCAUGCUCUUACUAUAAACUCUUUGAGACUUGACCACCGACUGAAAUAUUAUUCUUCAUACCUCAUUUCAUAUUGCUGACUAAAAGUGCAUCAGAUGAUUCAUGCUUGAAGAAAUGCUGUGAUUAUGCAUUCAACCGGUAGAUGUAUGCAACACUGUAGUUUAAGUGCACUAAAACUGUUUUUAUUGGUUCAUUUUACUAAUUUUAUGCACUUUUACUGAAUGUAUCUACUGCUGUAGGCUAUUUUACUAUUUGACAUUUUUAUUACAGGAAUGUAGACAUAUCCACAUUAUUCAGUGUUGUGAAUGCUUUUUAAUGAAUUGAAAAUGUAUACAUUCAUGUUUUGUGUGAAUGCUUUAAAGCUUGAAAAGCAAUUUGUAUGCAAUCUUUUAAUAAUAAUAAAAAGGCAUUUAAA